UUGAAUGAUGGAAAUUUAGAAUGGCUAUGUAGCAGAGGUGAUGUUAGUGAUGUAGAGCCUUAUAAAUUGCCUGACGCAUAUCCUACCGAAGAAAAUGACUUGUGGUCUUCUCGGUUAGAUUAUAACAUCAAUCUUAUAAUUGGAGAUCCGGGAAUGGGUAAAACCGAGUUAGUGAAAAGCUUAAAAAAUACAUGUUCUCGCGAAUAUUGGACAGUUUUAAUUAAUCCCAAUGACGUUAAUUUAUUUUUUCGCAAUCACAAUUUCUCUAAAACGGAAAAUUCUUCAGAUUUAUUUAUAAAAUUCAUCACAAAUAAAAAAUAUGAGUCGCUCAAAAAAAUAGAUCUAAUGUUUUUCGAAAUGUGCAUAAAGAAAAACAACGUAAUUUACGUGUGGGACGCACUCGAUGAAAUCUUAAAUGAUAAUUUAGAUGCCGCUUUAAAUAUAAUUCUCCAUCUUUCAACAAAAGGGUUUCGUCAGUGGGUUACAAGCAGACGUCAUUUAAAAUCAACUCUAGAAAAUAAAUUCAAUUUGUUGUCACUUAGUAUAAAUCAAUUUAACGAACAAGAACAAGAAAAAUAUAUCAGAAAACGUCUAGAAUCUUUUAAGUCAGAAUACAACAUUGGCGUAACGCUGGAAAAAAUUAAAUCAUCUUUUGCGAUUGUAGAACACAUAGAUAUACUAGGUAUCCCUCUGCAAAUAUUCAUGCUUACCGAACUGUUCCGUGAAAAUAGCGAAAAAUAUUUGAAACUAAUGGACAACACAUUCGUUUUGACUGACCUUUACGAAUAUUUUAUUCAGGAAAAAUUUAAUAACUUUUACAAAAACAAAAUGGGAUACGAUUUAGAAAAUCCACAAUUGGAAAGUGUAAUCAGUCAAAAAAAACUAAAGGCUACAGAAUAUUACGAAAGUGUGUCCUUUAGAGUAAUAUUUGACGAAGAAAUUACGCAGCGACUGAAUAUUAAUUACAAAAAAUGUGCACAAAAACUUUUGCGAAGUUAUGCCUCUCUGGGUCUUGUAAAUGACUUUCAAAAUGAUGUUCCACGUUUUGUGCAUAGUUCCUUCGCUGAAUAUCUAGUUGCUAGGUACUUUUCAAAAAAUAUUAAUAAUUUUAAAGACACAAUUGCGGACUCGUUGUUUGACCCAAGGUAUAAUAACGUUCGAUUCUUUUUUGACAUGUUGUUGGCUAAAAACUCAAAAGCUCACAUUGCUGUAUUGUAUAAACGUUACGAAUUACUUAAAACAUACGACGACGAAAUUUUAAAUCGCAAAGAUAAAGGGGGCAGAAGUGCUUUACACUUGAUUUCGUCAUGGGGGCAAAGACAUCCGCGUAUAAAAGUGACCCGUGAAAAGAACAAGUUUAUUGUGCACGAAAAUAGCAAUUUCGAUAAAAAAGCGGAAACCAAAAUAUACUUUGAAACGAUGACGUAUUUGCAAAAUACAAAUGAUGUUGGCGAACGUGAUAUGUUGUUAGAUGCGACCCCUAUGACUUAUGCCCGAAAAAGUGAGAGCCUAGGAGCACAAAUACAAUUACUUCAAACAAAAAAGAAUGAGUUGAGGCAAUCUCGCGAUGACAUAAUUAAUAUUAUAUAUUAUUCUGCUUUACUGGGUUACGACGACUUGUGUAAACACUUCACAGUGGAAGAGUUGAAUAAUUUUUGGCGCGAUGUGGAAAUUGUUGCUGUAGAAAAUGCUGAAACACCUCUGUGGCUCGCCUCUGAAAAUGGUAAUUUAAAAAUCGUUGAGUAUUUUGUAAGAUCUGGUGUCGACAUCAACUGUGUUAAUAUAUUCGGUGCGACACCACUUUACGUAGCUUCUUUUAACGGUCACGAAAAAGUUGUCGAAUACUUGGCGACAGUCGGCGCCGAAAUCAAUCGCGCUAAUAAAAACGGUGCGACACCACUUUACGUAGCUUCACAAAACGGUCACGAAAAAGUUGUCGAAUACUUGGCGACAGUCGGCGCCGAAAUCAAUCGCGCUAUGAAUAACGGUCCAACACCACUUUACAUAGCUUCCGCAAAUGGUCACGAAGAAGUUGUCGAAUAUUUGGCGACAGUCGGCGCCGAAAUCAAUCGCGCUACUGAUAACGGUUGCACACCACUUUACGCAGCUUCUUUUAACGGUCACGAAAAAGUUGUCGAAUACUUGGCGACAGUCGGCGCCGAAAUCAAUCACGCUAUUAACGACCGUUGGACAUCACUUUACGCAGCUUCUGACAAUGGCCACAAAAAAAUUGUCGAAUAUUUGGCGACAGUCGGUGCUGACAUUAAUCGCGGGGAUAUCGACGGUUGGACACCACUUUACGUAGCCACUUUCAACGGCCACGAAAAAGUUGUCGAAUACUUGACAUCAGUCGGCGCCGAAAUCAAUCGCGCUGAUGAUGACGGAAAAACACCACUUGACGUAGCUUCCGAAAAGGGUCACCAAAAAAUUGUAGAAUGCUUAAUAAGAGCCGGCGCUCAAACCGAGCCAGUGGCGUAACAAUCAUCUACGGGCCUGUGUUCUACAACACUGUGGGGCCCCUAAUGAACAGCGAAAUAAAAAUUAUUUAAAAAUACGAGUAUAAUGAGUAAAGUAUGAGUAUAUUGCAAUUAGGGCUUACGUUUUGUUAAAAUCAUUCUACCUGAAACACUGAAUUAAAAAACAAAAUAUAAUAACUACCUAAAUACAUUAAUUAAAAUAUAUAUUAGAAAUAAAAAUCCCCUUUUUUUUUCUCAAAAUUGUGUUGUUCUUGCUUUCCAAUGGGCACAAGUUGAUACCUUAGAUCAUAUAAUAAAUAGAUACCAACACGCCGUGUUCUUUCCCUAUGAGAACCUGUGACGACAUUCUCCUGUCACACAUCUCUCUUGUGCAUAGAGGGAUUACAAUGAAGCUAUCCUUGCCUGAUCACUAUUUGAAUUUUGCGCGCCUAAAUUUUAGGAAGUAUGUCUGAACUAACUUCGUACGAAAGAUGUUGACAGCUUGAUUUUAUAAAUAAUUCACAGUAGAUAACGAAAAGAAUAGUAAAUUAUUGGGCAGCGAAUGUUAUCCGUUAUGAUUACAUCACUUAAAAUAGGAUCUUUGUUCUAAAUUCUAAAAUUGUUUUUCUUACAAGAACUCGAAAGAGAGGUUAGAAGAAACAUCUGUCAAAAGCGAUUUGUUACGGUGGUGCGGUACAAGAAUGGAAGUGAAAUAGACAUAUACAAAUGAAAUACAUAUAACAAAGAUGAAGAUGUGGUGAUCACACAAGGAUAGCUCUGUACUACUCCCCUUGACAUAGAAAACGACAACAGAUAGCUUCAUGUCUAGUCACAGCUUUCAGUUUGAGUAUUGGUAUCUAUUUAUUAUAUGAUCUAAGGUUGAUACAAGAUUUGGCACAUCUAAGCUUCUGGCAAUUUGAUUUUCAAGUGAGAUAAUAGCCAGUGAAGAUAAUCUGCAUUGGCCCAUUGUGUUACUUAAAAAAAUUUUAGCCAUUUUUAGUUUCGAAAAAGAUCUUUCCGUUGAAGCCAGCGAAAGAGGUACCUAUUGUAAGAAAAGUGAAACAUGUUGUGAUAAUUUCACUGAAACUAUUGCAGGUUCUAGGUACUCAUUCUGUAAUAAUUUGGCGGUCCACUGUUUUUUCUACUUAAAAAAUUAGUUGUAAACAUACAUCAGACAUAUUUUAUUAUUCCAAAAAGAGCACCACAAACACAAAAUUAAAAUAGUUUUGAAAAUACGAAAGUUUUCAGAAAACACAACUAAAACUGAUUUUUUUUUACGUCUUACAGCAUAAAGUUUCACUGAAGAUCUGAAGCCAGAAUUUAAGUAUUUUGUUGUCCUAAAUCAUAAAUUAGUCAUACUUUUGUAGGCUAAAGAUUGAUAAUUUACUUAAUGAGGUGUUAUUAGAUUUGCCACAAUGGGAUUGCGACACUGCGACAAGUUUAUUAGAAACAGAUGCUGCCGGUCGCUAAAACCCGAGUUUAUUGAGUCUAUGAUACUGAGAUGCCGCCAGAAGUCCAGCCCUUUGCAGGAAAAAAUCGUAAAUAACAAUGAAGGAUCGAUCCUAGGAUCACCGCACAUUUUCGAAUUUUUUAUUUCGGGAUGUAAAUUGCCCAAUAAUAUAAAAAAUCAAAUAAAAAAAAUGUUCGUUUGACCGGACCGGGCCCGUUGAAGAAGCGGGCCCGUGUUCCAGCGAACACAUGGAACACCGGUAGUUACGCCACUGAACCGAGCAUCAUUCCUUUACAAGGGGUAGUAAAAAAAAAUUCCCUAAACCGUCCAGAUGCACCGUAAUGUAGUAAGAAGAAUGUUCUUGCUUGAAAAUCGUAUCUCAUUAAAUUGAACAAAAUACCAACCUAGUUAUGUCCUACCUAAAGAUUUCAAAGAAAAAUGGAAGUUUAUUCCGAGGUUUUUAAUUAAUUUAAAUAAUAAUUUAAAGUCUGGUUAAGUAAUGGGUAUAUGUUUUAUUUUGAAAGCAGAUAUUAAUGUCGUGAAAAUUUUGACAUCGGCAAUUUGCAGCGAAUAUUUUGUCCGUCCUUAACACACAACACGCCCAUAAGCUAAAUUUGAAAAUUAUCAAACACUUUAGUUGUAAAAGUAGUGUAUACAGAGUCGAAUUGCACACAAAAUAUUAAUUAAUUAACAGAAUUCCAUUCACAGAUAACUUGUAAUAUUAAUUUCUGGUGGAAAAAUAUUUUAAUAUGUUUGACUAGAAUUUGAACAUGGUCUGAGACAGCUCGCCAUACCUUAGUAUGCUUAGUUUUCCAUAAAGUAUAACCAACAUUGUAGUUAAAAUCAGAAAACUAUGGAGCAUAGCACUAAUUUAAAUAUUUGCGACAAAUCAGACGUAUCUUCUACCCGGACAAAUGUAUUCACUCACUCCAGUAUCCUUGAUUAUAAGUUACUACAUUAACUGACAAAUAAAUCGUUAUACCUAUUUACUUCUUCUACGUCACUUCAUCACGUUUGCUUAAUCCUGUGAUCACAAUUGAUUACAAAAUAGAUCGGAAGUUGUAACUCCAAUAAAAAAUUGUAAUCGAUUAUCACCUCUUCAGCGUAGGCAUUUUAAUUUUUGAGUUUAAACAAAAACAUGGAAAUAGCUAUUUAUCCAACACCUCUUGAUUAUAAGGUCAUAAAAUUGCCAAUUUUGGACACAUUAGAAGGCCCAUAAGUCAAUAGUGGAAUUAUGAAUUUAUAAUUAAACUGUUUUUUCAUAAUUAAACAGUUUAAAGAAAAUUGAACAAUUUUAUGAACACGAAGGUUAACACAUAAAAUUAGAAUUAUAUGAAUCAUUUGUCCAGUUUCAGAUUAAUAUUUAUAUUGAAAGAUAAUAAAACAUUAUUUGCUUCCUGGUUUGUGACUUCAAUGUUAUUCCCACGUUCAUUUGGUCUUGUCUUCUCAAUCUCAACAGUGACUGUCUUCUCAGUCUCAACACUGCUUUCCGCUCACGAAUUUUCACCCAGGAUCUUUUUAGCAAUAAUCAUUUUGGUGGAAAUUGACUCUUCAACGUAGCCUUGUGCCACGCUUGUUGAUUUCCAUCGGCCAUGAUGUUGGAGCAUACUAAGAUCAGCUCCAGCAUUAGAUAGUAAAAUUGCUGAAGUGCGUCUCACACUGUGUCCUGUGUACAACUCUGCUUCUGGUAAUUUCAAAAAAUCUGCUACUACUGAUGGUAUUUUCGAUAAACUAUUUAUUCCGAUUGGUUGUACUGUGCAUUUCUCACUUCUGUAGCAAAAAAACAACUUGUUGUGAGAAACAUUCUCAGGUCGCAGAGACAUAUAUUUUCUACAAAUAUCCAGCACAUUAACGGAAAAUCCUUCUUUCUUGAUGGUAGAGCUGCGUGAAACAUUUGUUUUUGUAUCUGGUACAGAUACCAACAUAUAUAUCUUUUACGUUAUCGAUUGACAUUGUCACUAAUUCAUUACAUAGACAGCCACCUGAUACACCAAAAAUUAGUGCCACCUGUAAUGUAAAAAAUUAAAUUACAUUCUCAAAUAACAAAAUCGACUUACCUUCAUCAUCAAAAGCUUUGUGUUAGAUUCCUCUACUAGAGACUGUUGAAUAUCCUCUCUUUCGAGAACUUUUGCUUUCUUUGGCUUGUGACUUUUAGAUUCGUUCAUAUUGCGAAAUAUCUGCAUUUUCGUGAAGCUUUAAUGUCACCCUUAACAUGGAAUAUUUUGUCCACAUUGAAGAGGCCGCAACUCUCUUGCUGACGUUAAUGAAGUAACCCAAGAGCACGUCUUCGCUUACACCAGAAACAUUAUUUUCUUGCUUCCAGUUAUUGAAGUAAUUUAAUUCCUUGUAAUAAGCGUCCCUGGAUUUCUUCGGUAACAAACUCGAUGUAGCUUCUUCAACAUCUUUCGCAAUACUUCCCUCUUUUUCAAAAAUUUUCUCAAUUUGACGUGAACAAACAAUUUGUCGUGACAACCACACGGGAACCAAUUCAUAGACUACCAGCUGUUAACGAUAUUGAAUUUUUGAGAUUUUCAUAAUGCUUUAAGUACUGUUACUGAAGGAGGUGUUGGAUAAAACUAUGUAUUACAGUCGUGUCUUAACAGCAAAUAAGUCGCUUAAGAAAAAUUAGGCCACUCGAGCAAGCUCUCGUGCCUGAACAUUUCUUUCGCGACUUAUUUGCCUUAGAAUUAAUAACUUGUGUAAUAAAGUUAUUAAUGUCGCUUACAAUCACCAAUGAAACAAAAUUUUUGUAAAAAACAUACAUAACAAUUGUGUUUUCUCUAUUAUUGAACAAAAAGAACUCCAUGCAUGGUACCGUUUAGUAUUAUUUACUGAAUCGAUUUGUAAGAAGAAUACGACAACUAAGAAAUGGAAAUAUUUUUGGGAUCCGUUCUUCCAGGGCAUCCUAAAUUAUUGGUUGCAAAGGAAUAAUACAGUUUAGGUAUAUAAUCUAUGUUUCCAGGUACUUAGGCCCCAUUACGAAAUCCAACACAAUGAUGCGAAAUAACGAAGCAUUCUAACAAAGUUGGAUAUAUUAAUCGGAAUUCUCGAUAAAACUCUUACAAAUAUCAAAAGGAUAGGAACUGACGAUUCGAUAAACUGACGUAAGAUUUGUGAUUCCAUGAAGCAACGUUCGAAUACAAGACUAAAAUUACCAAAAUGGGACAAUAUUUUCGAAGAUUCUUUAUUAUGUUGACAGACAAAUUAUCGGAAAUUGACGUUUCUCAAAGAGCCUUCAGCUUAAAACAAUCGUGUCAUCAUCCUUUGGCAGACCGCUUUGCGAAUUUCUGUUACUCUAAAAAAUUCUGGCUUAAGAGGAUUUUUUUGGUUUAAAUGUCAUGCAUGGAAAAGUAUUCCAAAAAUGUGAUACGUCUUCUUUUAUCUUAUACAAAAUGGAUGACACGAUUUUACGAAGGAAACAUGGACUCAACCGAGUUCAACGCUUUAUUUAAAAAAAAAAUGAAAUUUCAGCAACAGCUACAAACGUUUUUUGAUGUAUUUUUUGAACGUGGCAAGUGCACAACGUAAUGUUUGGGACUUGGUGUGGACAAAUUUUCUGAUGAAGACAAGAUUUUUGUACUGAAACUUAACGAUGGCUUCCCAGCGUAAUCGUCUUCCAAAAACCAUGAAAAAUAAUAGGGAUUUUUGGAAAUUGGCAGAGGAACCGAAGGAAAACCUCUAGUCAAAACGCCCCAUCAUUCUAACCCAGAAGAAAGUCAAAUAUGUAAACAAUAGUGUGCUACGUACGAGUAUAUGUAAAAAAUCUAUAUCUGAAUAUGUGGUAUACUUAUGUUAAAAAGCACCUUCGAAAAAUACCUGUUUUAAUCUAGUUACAUAUGUGCAAUUUUUCUAAUUUUAUAGUAACAACUGUUUAUUAAAUUAGCUAUUAUCA